AUCAUUCUGGUUACUCAUCCUAGGACCGGUGAUCUUAGAGAAGCUUUGAUGUACAUUUACAACUUGUAUGUUGAAUAUGUUAUGAAGAAUCCAUUGUAUACUCCAGGAACUCCCAUCAGGCAAGUGAUUAGCUUUCAAGACUGGGGACGCAUAGUUGAAGAUUUUGUUG